AUGGCCGAUCCCUUUGACGCUGCGCUCGAUCUACUCCGUCGACUACCACCUUCCUCCACCCAGGAAAACCUCCAGGGCAUCAUCUCCCUCCAACCCGACCUCGAGGAAGAGCUUCUCUCCUCGGUAGAUGUCGCGCUCACAUCCAAACGCUGCACCAAAUCUGGCCGUGACUACCUCUGCUGCGACUAUAACCGCGACGGAAGCUCCUACCGCAGUCCCUGGUCAAACGAAUUCGAACCGCCAAUAGAGCCGGAAGAUGCCGCCGACAUCGUGCCCGUAGGUCGCGUACGCCGCAUGGAGGAGAGCCUAAAUGCAGCCGUGGACGUCUAUCGCGAACUCUACUACGAAGGCGGUGUUAGCUCUGCGUAUCUCUGGACUCUCGACGAAGGAUUUGCGGGUUGCGUGUUAUUCAAGAAGACGGCAGCGGGUAGUGGUGGGAGCAGUAGCGGAGGCGGCGGAGGUUGGGACAGUAUCCACGUGCUGGAGGUAGCGGAGGCGGCGACGAAGCGCAAUGCUCACUACAAGCUCACCUCGACGGUUAUCCUGGACCUAGGUCUUCAGUCAGCGGCGGUCGACAGUCUCGAAUUGGCAGGCAAUCUCACGCGACAGACACAGCAGGAUCUAACACUCAAUGGCCUACGCGACGCGGAGAUUGAGCAGAGUCACAUCGGCAAUAUUGGAAGGAUGAUUGAGGAUAUGGAAACUCGAAUGCGGAAUCUCUUGCAGGAGGUCUACUUUGGCAAGGCGAAAGAUGUCAUUGGUGAUCUGCGCAGCAUUCAGCCCUUAAGCGAAGCCGAGCGAGACCGGAAGGCACAUAGAGAAGUCAUCGACAAGAUGAGCAAAUAA